AUGAAUCAAAAUUAUAUUUACUUGUUACUUUUAUUAAUUAUACCUACGGUCAAUGCUUACACUCUUAAAAAUUGUGAUAAUUUGUUAAUGCAACGAGUCUCACGAAAAUCAACCUUAUUGAAUAUGGCAGUUACCCCUCAACCUCCUAUUGCGGGUCAGAAUAUGGUGGUUACUGUAUGGACUGACAUUGCGGACCAGCUCGUGCCUGAGGAUAGAAUAUACAUUGAUUUAUGGCAACCUAAUGAUGUAUAUGCGUAUUCUCAACAAAUUUGUGUUGGAAAUAAUUCGUGUCCAAUAUCUCCUGGAAAAAGUGUUAACAUAACAGUUAAAGUUUCGUUACCGGGAUAUAUUGACAUUCAAGCACUUGAAGUUUAUUCUUUAAUUGCCUAUUGGGAUAGCCAACCUACUACAGUUAGACAACUUCAUGUUCUCGGUUGUUCCGAUAAAUAUAAACCUUAA